CUGGAGGAAAAUCUCAGAAGCAUGUGGAACGACAUUGAGCUGCUAACAAGUGAUGACACGGGAAGCGGGUUCCUGAGUGUUGGCUCCAGAGAAGAGCAUGGGACUGCUCUCUAUCAAGUCGAUCUGCUGGUGAAGAUCUCUUCCGAGACGACAUCAUUGAACCCAAAGAUCCAAGCAUGCAGCUCAAGUGAUGGCUUCGUUAUUGUCGCCGACCAGUCGGUGAUUCUGCUGGACAGCAUCUGUAGGACCCUGCAGUUACAGCUUAUCUUUGAUACCAAAGUGGACGUGGUUGGCCUCUGUCACGAAGGCAAGUUUCUGCUAGUGGGCGAGCGGAACGGCAACCUGCAAGUCAUUCACGUGCCAUCAAAGCAGACAUUGCUCAGCAACGCUUUUGUGCAGACGGCUCCUGAUGGCAAGGAAUGUACUUACCGGAAUCUUGUUAUUGAGAAAGAUAUUUCAAAUGAAGGAACCUAUUAUAUGUUGCUCCUUACGAAAAAUGGAUUUUUUUGUAUUACAAACCUUCACCUUGCAAAAAUCCAGCAAGCGAUUGAGAAUGCAGACUUCAAUACAGCGAAAAAGUUACAAGGGCAGAUCAAGUCCAGUUUUAUAUCAGCUGACAAUUACCACACCCUUGGCUGUCUCAGUCUUGCAGCUGGAGACUUGGCAAGCGAAAUCCCUCUAAUAAUUGGGGGAAUUGGCAAUUGUGCGUUCACAAAAUGGGUGCCAGAUAUUUCCAAGAAAGAAUUGGUCAUUAAGAAUUUCAUUGAUUCAGAGAUCAUCAAAGGUGCAAAGAAGUUCCAGCUCAUUGAAAAUCUACUGUUUGUGCUUGAUACGGAAAACGUGCUGAGCUUAUGGGACAUCUACACCCUGACCCCCGUGUGGAACUGGCCGGCUCUGCACAUUGAAGAGUUUCUUCUCACCACCGAAGCCGACUCCCCGUCGUCGGUCACGUGGCAAGGAAUGACAAAUCUCAAACUGGUAGCUCUGACAGCUCCUGCCAACAGAAAGAUGAAGAAUCUCGCCGUUUAUACACUACCUGCAAUGGAAAUCCUAUAUUCCUUGGAGGUCUCUGGUGUUUCUUCACUGGCCCGGAUGGGAAUUAGCUCAGAUACAAUAUACCUCCUGGAGGGCAUUUGCAAAGACAAUCCCAAACUCUCGGAGGACUCGGCCUCCGUCUUGGUGCUUCGAUGUCUUACAGAAGCUUUACCAGAAAACAGAUUGAGCCGAUUGCUCCACAAACACCGCUUUGCUGAAGCUGAGAGCUUCGCCAUCCAGUUUGGACUGGACGUGGAGCUUGUGUACAAGGUGAAAUCAAACGACCUGCUGGAGAAGCUGGCGCUGUGUUCUGCGGACGGCGGCGAGCAGACGGAAUGGCAGGCGCUCGUGGAGGAAGCGAAGGGGAACCUGCACAAAAUCCAGGAUGAUGACUUUGUGGUGAAUUACUGCUUGAAGACGCACUGGCUCACCUACGAAACCACGCAGGAAAUGCUCAACUACGCCAAAACCAGGCUUUUGAAGAAGGAAGAGAAAAAUGUUCCUGUCUAUUCUGAUGGGUUAAAAGAGGUACUAAAAGCUCAUGCAAAAUUGACAACUUUCUAUGGAGCCUUUGGGUCAGAACAAUUCCGUGGUAGUUCUUGGAUUGACUUUCUGAAAAAUGAAGAUGACCUCAAGAAUAUUCUUUUACAACUGAGAGAAGGGAACCUUGUUUGCGCACAGUACCUGUGGCUCAGACACCGGGCCAACUUUGAAAGCACGUUUGACGUGAAGAUGCUUGAGAACUUGCUCAACUCCAUUUCCACUCCAUUCUCUCUGCAAAACCUCUGUCCGUGGCUUAAAAAGGAUUUGAUUCCUUUCGUCCACAAGACGGUGCCCGAAGGAAAGAAAAUUCUUGCAAAGUGGUUGGAGCAAGCAGCCAGAAACCUGGAAUUAACUGAUAAGGCAAACUGGCCAGAAAACGGGCUUCAGCUGGCAGAGGUCUUUUUUACGGCCGAGAAACAAAAUGGUUUGGGAUUGGUGUCCUCUUGGCACUGGAUCUCCUUGAAGGAUUAUCAAAACUCAGAGGAGGUGUGCCAGUUAAGGACGCUGGUGAAUAACUUGCGAGAACUGAUCACACUGCACAGGAAAUAUAACUGCAAGUUGACCCUGUCUGAUUUUGAGAAGGAGAAUACGACCACCAUCGUGUUCCGCAUGUUUGAUAAGGUGCUGGCGCCGGAACUGAUCCCUGUCACGUUAGACAAGUACAUUCGCGUCUACAUGCGGGAGCAUGACCUGCAGGAGGAGGAGCUUCUCUUACUGUACAUCGAGGAUCUGUUGGAGCGAUGUAGCUCAAAGUCUGCGUCCCUCUUUGAAACGGCCUGGGAGGCCAAAGCCAUGGCCGUCAUUCGGUGCCUGUCUGACACGGAUCUCAUAUUUGAUGCCGUCCUGAAGAUCAUGUACACAGCCGUGGUGCCCUGGAGCUCUGCUGUGGAGCAGCUGGUGAAGCAGCAUCUGGAAAUGGACCAUCCCAAAGUCAAGGUGUUACAGGAAAGUUACAAACUGAUGGAAAUUAAGAAGCUCCUACGAGGCUACGGAAUCCGGGAACUCAGUCUCUUAAACAAAGAUAUCAUGAGGGUGAUCAGGUACAUCCUUAAGCAGGACAUCCCAUCUUCCCUGGAGGACGCGCUGAAGGUGGCACGAGCGUACAUGCUGUCUGAUGAUGAAAUCUACAGUCUCCGGAUAAUCGACCUGAUUGACAGAGAACAGGGUGAGGAGGGUCUCCUCCUGCUGAGGUCUCUGCCUCCCGCCGAGGCCGUGAAAACUGCAGAGCGCGUGGUCCUGUGGGCGCGGCUGGCACUCCAGGAAGAACCGGAGGACUCCAAGGAGGACCAGGCCUGGAGGCUGUCAGUGGCCAAGACGUCAAUAGACAUUCUGAAAACACUGUGGAGUCUCCUGAAAGACAAUUUGCCAAAAAAAGAUGAAUGUGAAGAAGUCUUAAGCCUGUUUAAAACUGUCGCUAGCUUUCAGGAGAACUUUGAGGUCUUCCUUGCGUUUGAAGAGUACGGCUGCCGUUCCCUGGUGGCCGACCUCCACGGACAGCACAUCCGAGCUCAGGAAGUCGCCCAGGCUAGGCACAAACCUAAGAGGUGCCCGGAGCCCGCCGCUGCCGGGCCGCAGAGCCGGGCCCCGGAGGCCAAGCUGCACAGGCAGGCCCUGGCGCUGCAGGUGACCGAGCACGAGCUGGAGGCAGAGCUGACCCUGAGGGCCCUCCAGCACGGCAAGGUCGGAACAGCGCUGACGAAAUGCAGGGAUCUCUUUCAGCACCACUGCAAUGCCGACACCGGACGGCUGCUCUUUAUGACAUGUCAGCAGCUUUGUCAUAUGUUGGCCAACGACGUCCCAAUGGUGCUACCUGUGGGGAUAAAUCUUCCUUCGGAGAUCCACGCCCUCGCCUGCCAAGCUGCCACCAUCUGUAGCCCAGAUUUUCUACUCGAUGCCUUAGAGCUCUGUAAGUACACCCUGAUAGCAGUGGAGCUUGCCCAGCAGUGCCAGAUGGACGACGGUGGCAUUCUCGUGAAGACUUCUUUCGGAACACAUAAAGAUCCGUACGAAGAGUGGUCCUACAGCGACUUCUUCAACGAAGACGGAAUCGUCCUGGACUCCCAGAUGAUGCUGCCUGUUAUCUACGAAUUGAUUUCCUCGCUUGUGCCUCUCACGGAAAGCAAGAGGUACCCGUUGGAUUCCGUGAGCUUGCCUUACUGCUCGUCCAGUGAAGGAGACUGCCUCAUCCUACCCAUCAUUAGUUCCAUCUCUGCGCUGCUUCAGAACCUCCAGGAAUCCAGCCAGUGGGAACUGGCCCUCCGCUUCCUAAUCUGCUCGCUUGGCACCUGUCUUCAGCACCAGGUGUCAAACUUCAUGGAUGACAACUUGAGUCAAAAGCUGUUUGGAGAAACCACAAUGGCUAAGUCAAAGAACGUUGUGCCGAGUUUGAAAGAAAAAGCCACGGUGUUUAUCAGGGGAAAUGCCACCAAGCUGUUGCACAAGGUGUUCAGCUGUCGCCGGGUGGACCUGGACCUGGCGCUGGGUUACAGCACUCUCUCCCCAAACAAAGAAGUGUUUGAAAACCUCUGGAAGCUUGUGGACUCGGCGUGGCAAAAUUACGACAAAAUUUUGGCCAUAUCUCUGGUGGGCUCUCAGCUGGCCAAGCUCCACCAGGACAGAGAAGUGCAGGCCAAGUUCUGUGAACUCAGGACAGACGCUCAGUGGGGCGUGCGGCUCAGCAAGCUUGGUAUUUCCUUUCAACCAGCUUUCAGACAGCAUUUUCUCACCAAGAAGGAUCUCGUCAAAGCCCUUGUGGAGAAUAUUGACGUGGACACGAGCCUCGUUCUGGAAUAUUGCAGCUCCUUCCAGCUGGACUGUGACGCUGCGCUCCAGCUCUUCAUUGAGACCCUGCUGCACCCCACCAGUGUCAGCCAGGGCCAGGGCGAAGCGGCCGCUGAGCUGACCAGGCAGCAGCACCCCAGACUCCUGGCCAAGGCAGUCGAGAUGGUGCCCUUGCUGUCUAGCACGAAGGAUUUGGUCAUCAGCCUCAGUGGAAUCCUGCACAAGUUGGAUCCCUAUGACUAUGAAAUGAUUGAAGUUGUCCUGAAAGUUAUAGAAAGAGCGGAUGAGAAGAUAACCAACAUUAACAUUAAUCAGGCGUUGAAUCUUCUCAAACACUUGAAGUCAUACAGAAGAAUUUCCCCUCCAGUGGAGAUGGAGUAUCAGUACAUGCUGGAGCAUGUGAUAACCCUCCCGUCGGCUGCCCACAGCAGACUGCCUUUCCACUUGAUAUUCUUCGGCACAGCACAGAACUUCUGGAAAAUUCUCUCUGCAGAACUCAGUGAAGAGUCCUUCCCCACACUCCUCCUCAUUUCCAAAUUAAUGAAGUUUUCCCUGGACACUCUGUAUGUGUCCACAGCCAAGCAGGUCUUUGAGAAGAAGCUGAAGCCCAAGCUGCUGAAGCUGGCGCCCGGGAAGCCCUGCAGCCUGCUGACCAGGGAGGUGAGCAAGGCCACGCAGACCAUCGAGUCCUACCUGCUGUCCAUCACGAACCCCGAGUGGGCGGUCGCCAUCGCCAUCAGCAUCUCUCAGGACAUUCCGGAAGGUUCCUUCAAAAUGUCCAGUUUGAAAUUCUGUCUUUAUCUGGCUGAGAGGUGGCUGCGGAACCUCCCGUCCCAGGACAAAGCGCGGGACAAAGCCGAGGCGCUGAUGAAGAAGCUUCACCUGCAGUACUGCCGCUCGGGCACGGAGGCCGUGCUCAUUGCCCACAAGCUGAACACCGGCGAGUACCUGCGGGCCAUCGGGAAGCCCACCCACCUCAUCGUCACCCUGUACGAGCACCCCAGCAUCAGCCAGCGAACCCAGGACGCCUCCAGCAGACAGCACCCCGAUAUUCACGCCGCAGCUAAAGAAAUCGCUGAAGUCAAUAACCUGAACUUGGAAAAAGUCUGGGACAUGCUGUUGGAAAAAUGGCUGUGUCCGCCGAUCAAGCCUGGUGAGAAACCAUCAGAAUUAUUUGAACUUCAGGAAGAUGACACCCUGAGAAGAGUUCUGUAUCUGCUUAUGUCUCGUCCCAUUGACUAUACCUCAAGAAUGCUGUUUGUGGUUGCAACAUCCACUACAAGCAAAUUAGGCACCUGGCAGCUCACCUAUGCCCACCGGACCCGGGCGCUGCAGUGUCUCCUGCUCCUGGCCAACACGCAGAUCGUGGAGUCUCUCUUCAAAAAGCCGAUCGAGGAGGUGAAGUCGUAUUUGAAAUCCAUCAGCUUUCUGGCGUCGUUUGAGGCCCUGAACAUCCCCAUCACAUAUGAGCUCUUUUGCAACAGCCCUAAGGAAGGAAUGAUCAAAGGUCUGUGGAAGAACCACAGCCACGAAGCCAUGGAGGUCAAGUUGGUGACAGAACUGUGUUUAGAGUACAAAGUCUACGACCUGCAGCUGUGGAACGGGCUCUUGCAGAAGCUUCUGGGCUUCAACAUGAUUCCUUACCUAAGGAAGGUCUUAACAGCCAUUUCCAGCAUCCAUUCUUUAUGGCAGGUCCCCUACUUCAGCAAAGCCUGGCAACGCGUCAUCCAGAUCCCUCUGCUCUCAGCCUCUUGUCCUUUAAGUCCCAGCCAGUUGACGGAUUGCUGCGAGAGCCUCGGUGCUGUCCUAGAGUGUCCAGUUUCCGAUGACCUCGACAUGGUCAGUGUCGCCAGGCAAUACGUCCAGCUGGAGCUCCCCGCGUUCGCGCUGGCCUGUCUCAUGCUGAUGCCUCACUCAGAAAAGAAACACCAGCAAAUCAAGAAUUUUCUGGGCUCGUGCGACCCUCAGAUCAUCCUGCAGCAGUUAGAUGAACACAUGAGCACCGGCCAGCUCGCGGGAUUUUCACAACAAAUCCGAAGUUUGGUUCUGAAUAACAUCAUAAGUAAAAAAGAAUUUGGAGUGUUGGCAAAAACAAAAUACUUUCACAUGUUGAAGAUGCACAUGCUUAACAGCAACAACGUCACUGAACUAGUGAACUAUUUAGCCAAAGAGUUAAGUUUAGAUGAAGCUUCGGUCUUUAUCAUGGAGUACUCAAAGCAUUGUGGGAAACCAAUACCCAAGGGCACUGCUCCCUGUGAAAUCCUGAAGGUAAAGCUGUCUGAUUGCCAUCUGGGCAUGACCUGCCGCCGCUAA